AUGGCUGCGAUAUCCAAUCUCGUCGUGAACGAGGCAGUCCCACCGAAAGACCGUAUGGAAGAGUUGGACACUCCGACAACUCCUCGAGCAGGUCGUCACCCGCCAACACUCACGGACGACGUGAAUGGGGCGACUGCGGAUAAGAACCCUAAUGCGCAUUCCCAUAAUGCGCAGUCUUCAAGUGAAGUCACUGACGCGGAUGGAGUGAGCCGUCAUCAAGAGCCUCACCAGGACGGCAGAAGUCAAGACCAGACGGAAUCUAGCAUGAUGGAUGUUGAUGUUGAUGACGAUGACCACGAUAACGACAACGACAACGACCAACCGGGCACUGACAACGAGGGCGAACAGGGAGAUCCGGACUCAGCCUCCCGGAAAAAGAAGGGACAACGGUUCUUCUGCACGGGAUACCCUCCUUGCAAUCUCAGUUUUACGAGAAGCGAGCAUCUGGCUCGCCAUAUCAGAAAACACACGGGUGAACGGCCGUUCCAAUGCCAUUGCAACCGAAGGUUCUCACGACUGGAUAAUCUGCGACAGCAUGCCCAAACGGUUCACGUUAAUGAGGAGAUCCCUACCGAUUCUCUCGCCGCCACUGGUACCCGGUUUCAGCGACAAAUCCGUACUGACCGUGUCAGACCCUCCGGUCGUCCUCGCACAGGCACCACAGGCAGUGCCGGAGGACAUAGUCGAGGACACAGUCGAAAUCUUUCGGCUUCAAGUGUCGGGUCGACCUCUUCCAACUACAGCAUGGUUACGGAAGCGAAGAGGCGACCGCCGCCGCUCCUCAUGGCCACUGAUAGUUCCUCCAGGUCCAGCUUGGGCCUCGACCCGCCACAGACACCCCCAGCACAAUAUCGUGGCUACGGUCCGAAUUCUCCUGGCGGCAUGAGCACGCCAACAUCUGCCAAUUUUUCGGCCACCCCUGGCAGUCCCGGCUUCGUCUCGUCCCUGGGCUCGCCAGUCUCCACGAGUUCUAGGUCUGGGGGUUUCUUCGGUUCAAGACCCGCCGUACGUAGGCUGUCGGUCCCGUCAGGCCCCAAUCCGUACCAGAAUCAAUACCCUCCUGGAUAUCCGGUCUCUUAUCCAAAUCAGAUGGGUCCUCCCAGCUCUUAUGGUUCAUCAAAUCCGAGCGUAUUCGCCAGCCCUAUCUCAACAACUUUUCCGAUUGCACCUGGUGACCAGGUCCCGCCUGGGGAUGAUUGGCGCAGGCGGACGUGGCAUCCGUCUACAUUCACUGCCAAUUUCAACUAUGGCCGUCCAGCAACCAGCGGUCUGACAUAUUCGCAAACCCCAGAUGCCCCGCAGCCUGCGCACGCUCAGUAUGCCACCGCCGCCGCGGGUCAAGCUCCUAGGCUCCCGGGUAUCGAGAGCUUCGAUCACGUCCAGCAUCGAUCAUAUACACCACCUCGGCGGCAGUUAAGCCCAAUGCAGGUUGAGAUGUCGGGCGACGCACAAUUAACAUCGCCCUCCAGCAAGGACCGUCGUGCUCGUUCUGGACAUGCUUCGUGGGACGGUUCACGCCCCAGCCAAUAUCCAGAACACGACCUUCAUGGGGAGGGAAGCCAGGCUGCAGCAGCCUGGAGCCAGCAGACUAUCCAUGAGCUCCAAAACAUGGGCGACCGACGGCAUGCCGCACAGAGACAUAUGGACAUGGGCCCGCCUCCCUCAGUAACUCCUUCUCAGCAACAACAAAUAGCGCGCGAGGCACUAGAGGCACAAUCUGGCCAUAAACACUCCAAACGACAAGGCUGGUAUAAUGGUCCCUACCCGCCUGCUCGAACGUCACCGGAAGAUUCCAGCAGCAGUGAUGGCGUCCCCACCCCAGGUAUGACGGCGGUCGAAGUGCAUCCCAUGAUCAUGCACAGCAACGGCUAUAUGGAACCACAUCAUGCAGCAUUGCCCCCGGAUGGGCAGCAAAAUGUCUGUCUUGCCCCGUCUCCCUACAUAGGGGCGACCCGUCAUCAACACUCGGCGUCCUUUGGUGGCCGUAGUAGCGGUGGCGAGAUGAACCGUUUGGAAGCUCUGGUGGCUGUGGCGACAAGCGAGGAGAACAGCGUCCGAUGA